CGCGCCAGAACGUUAUGCUUAACCCACACGCCCAGCAGUCAGUCAGCCUCCCCAUACGGACACUAAGCAGGCGAAUAUGUAGGAGAGUCAUUUUUGUGUGAAUGGGCGAGAUAUAACAUCCAUAUUUGCCGUGCUUCGUCCACAAGCUUCGUUAACUGGCGAUCGACUCAGCAAAUGUUUUCAUCCUGAACAGUUCAACCUCUCCUGUUCUUCGUCCGAGGUCUUAACUCGGCGUCCGGGCCUCUCCCUGGGGACGGCAGCAUCUUAAGGAUCUAAACAUAUCGCUCCUCGUCACCAUGAGUUAUCCCUCGUUCCUGGAGCCGUACGCGGGCCUCAUUUCGACAAUCGGCCUAUGGGAGAAUGCGGUGCCCUACGUGGUGUGGGGCCACGUCCUCGUGUUCGUGUGCCUGCUGGUGGUGGCCACCGUGGGCAGGAGGCUGAAGCUGCGGAGGAAUUACGUGGACAUCCUGGACAGCGUGUUCCAGUUCGUGGCGGCGAGGACGGAGGAGCCCGGCCUCGACCAGGAGGACGAGGAGGACUUCGACGACGAAGGGGUGGUGAUCUGCCCGGAGUCCCCCCGCGCGGACCCCAGCCUCCACCAGGGCGCGUUCGGGCUCCAGGACUCGCUACCGUACCUGACGGCGGGCAUGCGGGCCGUGGUGCAGGACUGCGUCAGCAAGAGCUUCACCUCCGCCGAACUGCGCACGUGGAACAUGCUGUCCAGGACGAAGCGGCAGCGGCGCCUGCGCAUGAGCCCCUCGAUGACGGCGUUCUGGGCGGCCGGCGUCGUGGUGCGCUACGGGUUCCUGCUGCCGAUGCGCGUGCUGGUGCUGUUGCUGAGCCUGGCGACGCUGGUGGUGCUGUGCUCCGCCGUGGGCCUCCUGCCCGACACCCGCUUCAAGAAGCGCGUCAACGCCUGGGUGGUCAGCUGGUGCUUCGACUUCGUGGCCGGCGCCAUCUCCGUCGUGGCCAGAUUCCACAACAAGGAGAACCGCCCCAGCUUCGGCAUCGCUGUCGCCAACCACACGUCGCCCAUCGACUCCAUGGUCCUCGCCACCGACCAGUGCUACGACAUGGUCGGGCAAAAAGCAACGGGUAUUCUUGGCGUGUUCAUGACGGCGCUGUCUCGAUCCUCGACGCACAUCUGGUUCGAGCGAGGCAGUACCAAGGAACGGGCGGCGGCGGCGGCAAGGUUACAGGCCCACGCUUCGAACCACAACCUUCCUCCUAUCCUGAUCUACCCCGAAGGAACCUGCGUCAACAACACGGCUGUGAUGCAGUUCAAGAAGGGAGCCUUUGAGAUCGACAGCGUGGUCUACCCCAUCGCCAUCCGCUUCGACCCCCGCUACGGCGACCCCUUCUGGUUCCAGGACUCCUUCGGCCACUACAUCCUGAGCAUGAUGACGUCAUGGGCCAUCGUGUGCGACGUGUGGUACCUUCCGCCCACGCGCAGAGGCCCCAGGGAGUCGGGCGCGGCCUUCGCGGGCAGAGUGAAGGGCUUAAUAGCACAUAGAGGAGGCUUCGUUAAACUGGCUUGGGACGGAUUCGUGAAGCUUCAGACCACAAAGAACGAAGCUUGGGAGAAGAAACAGAAUACGUGGAAACAGAUGCAACAGAGAGAAUACGCGAAACACCUGAAUAAAGAUGAGGAGAAGGAGGAAUGAGAGGGAAGAAUGAGGGAAGGUGGGAAAGGGAGGAAGAGUGAAUGGGAGAGGAGAAAAAGGAAGGAAGUGAGAGGAAUUAGUGAAAAAUAAAAGAGGAAUAAAGAGAUUGGCGAAGGGGGGGUGAGUGAUAUGGAGAAAAUAUGGAGGGAGAAAUGAAGGAUUAAAAAUAGAAAUAGUUACGAAUGAGGGAAAAUGUGUAAGUAGGGAUGAAGAAUAAGAGAAAAUGAGGGAUCAGGGUGAUAAUUGGGGAAAAUAAGAAAGUAUAAGGGGUGUGAGAAAGAGAUGGAAAAAAUGGACAUAGAAUUUUAAAGAGAAGGGACCUGUCAUAGAAAAUGGGUUAUUUUCCUGAGCUGUCAAAGAAAACGGGCCUGUAUUUUUUUUAUCGCACAAACUAUGACAUUUUUUUUUUUUAUUUUUUUUAUCAUAGCACGUUACCAAUGACUUGUUUGCCUUUAGUGAAGCGAUUACACAUUAAAUAUCAAGUUAAUAAUUCACAAAUGUUAAGGGAAGGAGAUACGGUGAUGAAAUAACGAGCGAAUGGAGUAAAAAAAAAGAUACAAAAGAAAGAAUAAGGAAGAACAAAAUGAAGACGUCGAAGAAGACAAAGAAAAUGACAAAGAAUAAUAAGAAUAAAAAGUAAUAGUGAUAAUAUUCUUCCCUUAAAAACCUCUAGAGUACAUGUGUUCAAGGAUAUUCAUGAAUUUUCAAUACAAUUCUUGUUGUGUGUUUUAUUAUUUUAACAAAUGAAACAAUACUUUUCUAUAUUGUUAUAUUUUAAGAAAAAAAGGAUAAAACAAUAAAAAGAGAAAAUAAGGAAAUAAGAAAAAAACAAUAAAAUAGAGAAGUGAAGAAAGUGUUUGAAUUCCCCUAAAAUUAUUUACGCUCGUGGUAGGAAUAAACACAACACGCAUGCUAAUUUAAUUAUUAUUUUUUAUAUAAAGGGUGAGAAGUUACAAUAAAUGAAAGAAGGCAAUUAAUUGUACGUAAAUGUGAUAUGCGUAAGACAUGAAUAGUGUGACAGAACAAUAAUUUUAUUGUAGAAAAAAUAAAAUAUAAGCAUGUGGAUGAUAAAUACAGAUUUGUAUUUUAAGCGUUCAUUUUUUUUUUUUUUCUACCUGUUCGUCAUUUUCAUUCUUCUCUCACUC